CUCUACUCUCUCCCCCCCCUUAUAUAUAAAUAAACUAUCCGUUCAUAUUGUUUUUGAUUAUCAGACUCACCUUUACUAGGUGUUGAUUCCGCCGAGAGAGCCACCAUGACGCGGCGUUGUUCGCAUUGCAGCAACAACGGACACAACUCUCGAACCUGUCCCACGCGCUCCUCUCUCGCGUCUUCGUCUUCUUCUCCUUUAUCCGGAGUGAAGCUCUUCGGCGUGAGGCUGACCGAUGGGUCAAUCAUUAAAAAGAGUGCGAGUAUGGGAAACUUGUCGGUGCACUACCAUUCGUCUCCAUCAGCUGCCGCUUCGCCUAAUCCUGACUCUCCUCUAUUUGAUCAUGUCCGUGAUUCGGCUCAUGUACCUGACGGCUAUUUGUCUGAUGACCCGGCUGCCCAUGCUAGCUGCUCUACCAAUCAACGCGGAGACAGAAAAAAAGGUGUCCCAUGGACUGAAGACGAGCAUCGGCUGUUCUUAAUUGGUCUCCAAAAAUUGGGAAAAGGAGAUUGGCGUGGAAUAGCUCGAAACUUUGUGGUAUCCAGGACUCCCACCCAGGUGGCAAGCCAUGCUCAGAAAUUUUUCAUCCGGCAGAGCAAUGCCACUCGGAGAAAGAGACGGUCCAGUCUUUUUGAUAUGGUUCCAGAAAUGGCCACAGAUCCGCAGCCAGUGCCAGAAGAGCAAGAGUUGCCGUCUCCUUCUCGGGCAGGAGAUACUGGUAAUGCAGAUUCACUACCUUCAUUGAAUCUCUCUCUCAAGCCAGAAUUUGAACCCAUGGAUAUUUCAUCUCAAGAGCUAGUCAAGGAACCUGAUAAAACCGUGACGGGGCUGAGUGAAAUCAAACCAAUUGUUUCUACUUCAAAUGAAUUCAGCACAGUUGUUUCAGGUUCGAGUGAAUUCACAGCAGUUCCUGGAUUCUUCCCAGCUUUAUUGCCAGUUCCCUAUCCGUAUUGGCCUCCAAAUACCACCUCCUUCGAAGAAGGUGCGGGUGCAGCGGCUUCGCAUCAUGAGGUCCUGAAGCCAGUUCCAAUCAUUCCAAAGGAGCCUUUUGUUGUAGAUGAACUGGUCGGUAUGUCUCAUCUGCAUCUAGGAGAGACUGAUAGACACCACAGGGAGCCUUCACCACUCUCCCUGAAACUAAUCGGGGAGCCAUCAAGGCAGUCAGCGUUUCAUGCAAGUGCUCCAGCUGGUGGAUCAGAUUUAAGUAAUGGCAAGGCUAGUUCCAUCCAAGCAGUUUGAAUUCCAGGGACUGGUUAGUGUCCAAGUUUUGUUGGAUAUUAUUAUACAUAGGAUAACAACGAUCGGGUUUGAAAUAUAUUUUAUUAUUCUUUCUAACUGUAAACAGCUAGGAGUAUAAAUAAUUGAAUGGGUAGAGGCGACAUAUUACCUGUUUA